CUGUAAGCAACCGCACCAAUCUGUUAAUUAUUUAUAGCCGUUUCACACAAAGGUAAUAGAUAUCACUGGCUGUCAGAGCGUUAUUGUCGGUGGAUACCGUUGAAAGAGCUGCACGCGGACAACAACUCGUGUACAUGUGGACUGACCGAAGCCGAACCAUUCCGACCACACUGGGGUAUACUGCGUGAACAUGACAGCCAGAAUGAUUCUGGCUGUUCUCUUGCUGGCCCUGAAUGCAAUGAAAGUGCUUUCACAAGGCAAUUCGACAAAUACCACAGCCCAAUCAAAUAUUACUUUAACCUCUGCACAAACUCCUACAACUGAGAUGCUCACAACUGAUUCUACCGAUGGUGGUACGUCGGUUAUGUCAACCGAAUAUACAUCAGUAUACACAGUGACGGAAGAUUCUACAUCAGUAGACAUAGUGACGGAAGAUUCUACAUCGUUUCCUUCUACUGGGGAACUGAUAACAGAAAACCUUUCAAGUGAAGACCCAUCGACACCACCUACGACUGAUUAUACGACGAUACCUUCUUCAACAGAAGAUCCGACAACGGACUUUCCUACAACUGAAGGUCCGACAACGGCCCCUCCCACAACUGAAGGUCCGACAACAGCCCCUCCCACAACUGAAGGUCCGACAACAGCCGCUCCUACAACUGAAGGUCCGACAACAGCCGCUCCUACAACUGAAGGUCCGACAACAGCCGCUCCUACAACUGAAGGUCCGACAACAGCCGCUCCUACAACUGAAGGUCCGACAACAGCCCCUCCCACAACUGAAGGUCCGACAACAGCCGCUCCUACAACUGAAGGUCCGACAACAGCCCCUCCUACAACUGAAGGUCCGACAACAGCCCCUCCCACAACUGAAGGUCCGACAACAGCCCCUCCCACAACUGAAGGUCCGACAACAGCCCCUCCUACAACUGAAGGUCCGACAACAGCCCCUCCCACAACUGAAGGUCCUACAACAGCCGCUCCUACAACUGAAGGUCCUACAACUGCCCCUCCUACAACUGAAGGUCCGACAACUGCCCCUCCCACAACUGAAGGUCCUACAACAGCCGCUCCUACAACUGAAGGUCCUACAACUGCCCCUCUUACAACUGAAGGUCCUACAACGGCCCCUCCCACAACUGAAGGUCCGACAACUGCCCCUCCCACAACUGAAGGUCCUACAACAGCCCCUCCCACAACUGAAGGUCCAACAACGGCCCCUCCCACAACUGAAGGUCCUACAACGGCCCCUCCUACAACUGAAGGUCCAACAACGGCUCCUCCUACAACCGAAGGUCCAACAACGACCCCUCCCACAACCGAAGGUCCUACAACUGAAGGGCUAACAACGGUUAUUCAUACAACUAGGGAGCCGACAACUCCUCCUACCGUUGAUCAUUGUGCAACCUCUCCAUGUGAAAAUAACGGCACAUGCAUCUCUGGCGCCACUUCCUACACAUGCACAUGUGCGACAAGAUUUGGUGGAGAAAACUGUCAAGAGCUCACAAGUGAACUCGGGGCUCAGGCAAUUGAUGCUUCUGCACCCGAUUCCUUCGAAAAGACAGAGAAUGUGCUGCAAGAAGUGAAAACAGAUAUUGACAGCGCUACCAGUAUCAAUGCAUUGAACCGAACUUCAAAUGUCAUCGGUGUCCUUGUUGAGAAGGCAGCAAGAUCGGACUGGACAGGGACGCAGCUCGAAAAAGCUGGUGAAGAUGUUCUAAAGAGUUCGGACGCCCUUCUGUCAUCUCUCCGGGUGCAGGCCAAUCCAGUAUCAGGGAACGUCCAAGGUGCCCCCCAAGACUCAGAGCUUCGCCCCCAGAAAGAAGCAGUACUGGAGAACGUAGCUCAGAACGUCGUUGACCUUGGCAGCGUUGUACUGAAGGACAAGGAUGAAGGGACUUUUGACGUCCACACUGACACCGUCAACGUGUCCUAUACAAAGGCAUCAACGGAAGACUUGACAAAGGAAUAUGAGGAUGAUGAGAUUAAGCUUCCUGAUAGUCUGGUGGACAUUGUUGGAAAUAGUGAACUUGUCCUAACGUGCAUGGCGAAAAUGCUUUUGAUUGGCUGA